AUGGAGUUCCCAGAAGAUGGAGCCUUCCUGCAUCAUAUGCAGUCUCAGUUAUUUAAUCCUAAACUCUGUGAAGGACGGGUGUCGGAGAGAGCUGAUCUCACCCGACAGAUCAUUGCCAACCUCAGACUGGCGGCUGGUUCAAACAUAAUAUCUGCUGAUAGUGCCAACCAUCUCAUAGGACCAUUUGAACGUUCUUAUGCUUCCCUGGUAGACUCUCUGGAUAAAAUGUCAGGGUUAAACAACUUUGCAGAUGGUGCUUUAGCUUUGUGUUCCUCCCAUAAAAAUGAAAGCAACAAAUGGCAAACAUCACUAUCGAUGGAAAAACUGAAAGGGAUAAAAUGUGUACAAGACAUGAUGAAGAGAAGUCAGAGACAUGCAGAUAUCUUGGUGCCUCCAUCUCACAAGAAUACCAUUCUUUUUUCCCGAAGAGUGAAAAACAUAUCUAAAUCUGGAUUGGACAGUGGUCAAUCUGGUCAGAACAACAGUUACAAGCAUUCUGUUAGCAGUGGUCAUCAGGAAAUGGAUGUUACUACUGACCGUAUUACAACCAAAUGCCAAGGAUACAGUGAUGACCAUUUAACUUCAUUAGACCAGAAUGUGUUGUCAGACACAGCCAGACAACCCAAGAAUAAAUUUGAGUUUGAGGGAAGGUUUACUAGGCCUGGAAAUAAAAGGCCACUGUUUUCAAAUAAUAAUGGUGGAAGUGCUUAUGGUCAUUUGGAAGCAGUAUCAACACAUUCAAGUAGUCAGUUUGGCGGACAUCCAGGACACUCAAGUGAUCAGUUUGGCGGACAUCCAGGACACUCUAGUGGUCAGUUUAGAACACAACCUAGACAUUCUAAUGAUCAGUUUGGAGGACAACCUGGACAAUAUAAUGAUCAUCAGAAAUCCUGGAGACAGGGUGGAGGUAUAAAGAGACCAUACAGUGAAGACCAUUCAGACUAUCAACAGGAGGUUCCUGCUGCAACAGGGGGAGCCUUCAGAACAGCUAGAGAGCAGCUGAAACUAGAAAACCAGAAGAAGUAUGGCAGUGGUGGUGGGGCAGUUUCUACAGCAUCCUAUGGUAGUGCUAGGAAGUCACUGGGCACAAGGAGAGCAGGUCCCAGUGGCAAAUUUGUUCCACCUGUCAUCAACAAGGGGGAGGAUAAUGGAUCUGAUGUAAAUAUGAACAAGGUACAGAAGUCUGUAUUUGGAAAAGGGACCUCAGCAUCAUCUUCUUCUGAUGAACCAGAGGAUGAACGACUUAAGGGGAUUGAACCAAAAAUGAUUGAGCUGGUCAUGAAUGAGAUCAUGGACAAUGGCCCACAGAUGAACUGGAGUGAUAUUGCUGGCUUAGAAUUUGCCAAGAAAUGUAUCAAGGAGAUUGUAGUUUGGCCUAUGUUACGUCCCGACAUAUUCAAGGGGCUGAGGGGACCACCUAAAGGCUUGCUCCUGUUUGGGCCUCCAGGAACUGGUAAAACCCUCAUUGGGAAGUGUAUUGCCAGUCAAUCAAAGUCUACAUUCUUCAGUAUUAGUGCAUCCUCAUUGACAUCUAAAUGGGUAGGCGAGGGAGAGAAAAUGGUGCGAGCUCUGUUUGCUGUGGCGCGAUGUCACCAGCCUGCUGUUGUGUUCAUUGAUGAAAUUGACUCCCUCUUAUCCCAGAGAUCCGACGGUGAACAUGAGGCGUCAAGACGAAUCAAAACUGAAUUUCUUGUCCAACUGGAUGGUGCUGCUACCUCAUCAGAUGACAGGAUUCUUGUGAUAGGAGCUACCAAUAGACCCCAGGAGAUUGAUGAGGCAGCAAGGAGGAGAUUUGUGAAGCGACUCUACAUCCCCCUACCUGAGUCUCAGGCCAGACAGCACAUUGUCCUCAAUCUCUUGGCCCAGCAACGGUAUCAACUCACCGAGAGUGAACUCAAGGUCAUUCAGGAUAGAUCUCAAGGCUAUUCUGGAGCAGAUAUGGCCAGCCUAUGUAGAGAAGCAGCUAUGGGGCCCAUCAGAAGCAUGUCCUUUGGUGAUAUAGAGAGUAUAUCAGCUGAUGAGGUGCGCCCAAUUAUAUUUUGUGACUUUGAGGAAGCUUUCCUGCAAGUUAAAGCCAGUGUUUCUGACAAAGACUUAGAUUUGUAUAUAGAGUGGAAUACAAUGUAUGGAAGUGUGGGUGUGGGGAAAUAA